CCUCGGACAGGCUCCUGCGCUCCCCGGCCGGCUUGCUGCUCCGAGCCCGCGCCGGCGGCGGCGGCGCCGGCGGCGGCAUGUGCGUGUGAGAUGCGGCCGCGGGCAGCCCGGACGCGAGCAGCGGCCGCCGCGGCAGCGGAGCAGGCGGGCGCGGCCUCCUGGGCGCGGGGUGCGCGGCGCAUGAGGGCGAGCACGCGGGCGCUGGGCAGCCGCCGGCCGCGCCGCCUCCAUAAACACUGCUUUAGGACUCGUUCGCCCCGCUGAGGCCCGGCGCCCGCGCCAUGGAGGCCCCGCGCGGCCCCGGCCCGCACGCCCCGGCCCCGGCCCCGGCCCCGGCCCUGGCCGCGGCGCCGCUGCGCGCCCCGGAGGUGGCGCGGCUCCGCGAGGAGCAGGAAAAGGUGGUCACGAGCUGCCAAGAGAAGAUCCAGCAUUGGAAGAAGGUAGAUAAUGACUAUAAUGCGCUUCAAGAAAGACUCAAUACCUUGCCUGAUAAGUUGUCUUAUAAUAUCAUGGUACCAUUUGGCCCCUUUGCCUUCAUGCCAGGAAAACUUGUCCAUACUAAUGAAGUCACUGUUUUACUCGGGGACAAUUGGUUUGCAAAGUGCUCAGCAAAGCAGGCUGUGGGCUUAGUUGAGCACCGGAAAGAACAUGUAAGAAAAACAAUAGAUGAUUUAAAAAAAGUGAUGAAAAAUUUUGAAUCCAGAGUUGAAUUUACAGAAGAUUUGCAGAAAAUGAGUGAUGCUGCAAGUGAUAUUGUUGACAUAAGAGAAGAAAUUAAAAGUGACUUUGAAUUUAAAGCAAAACACCGAAUUGCUCAUAAACCUCACUCCAAACCAAAAACUUCAGAUAUUUUUGAAGCAGAUUUUGCAAAUGAUGUAAAAUCCAAGGAUUUGCUUGCUGAUAAGGAACUGUGGGCUCGACUUGAAGAACUAGAGAGACAAGAAGAAUUGCUGGGUGAACUUGAUAGUAAGCCUGAUUCUGUGAUUGCAAGUGGAGAAGAUACAACGUCUUCUGAAGAAGAAAAGGAAGAUCAGAACAUAAAUGUGAAUGUGACGCAUCAAGUAACAGACUCUGUUACUCCCAGCAGUUGUUAUGAGGAUGUCACAAAUUCAGAACUGUUCAAUGGUCAGAUGGAUAGUCAAUUGAACUGUUCAAUGAAUGGUUCAAAUUCUUAUCACUGUAAUGAAGAUGAUGAUGAUGAUGAUGAUGAUGAUGCUGGUGGUGAUGAUGCUGGUGGUGGUGAUGAUGAUAAUGAAAAUGACCAUGAUGCUUUAGGGGUUGGAGAUAAUUCUAUACCAACAAUAUAUUUUUCUCAUACUGUCGAACUUAAGAGGGUCCGAAUAAAUACUGGAAAAAAUACCACUUUAAAAUUCAGUGAAAAGAAAGAAGAAGCCAAACGUAAACGCAAGAACAACUCUGGCAGUGGCCCCUCUGCCCACGAGCUGCCUCCCAUCAGGACUCCUGCUGACAUUUACAGAGUCUUUGUGGACGUUGUGAAUGGAGAGUAUGUCCCCCGUAAGUCGAUCCUGAAGUCUCGCAGCCGAGAGAACAGCGUAUGCAGCGACACCAGCGAGAGCAGCACGGCGGACUUCGAUGACAGGCGGGCAGUUUUGAGGAGCCUCAGCUGUGAAGAGGCCACUUGUAGUGACAUGGGCGAGCGCGUCCUGGAAGAGGAGCAACACGAGCAUCGUCAGAAGAAGCUUCUGCCCUCCUCAGGAGCACCUGAGGCUUUUUCUGGAACUGUAAUAGAAAAAGACUUUUUAUCGCCCUCCUUACCACCACACCCAGCCAUGGCUCAUCCUGUGCUACCCACUAUUCCAGAACGAAAAGAAGUUCUGUCAGAAGUAUCAGAAGAAACCGCAAAGAGGGUUUCAAAGUUCAGAGCUGCCAGAUUGCAGCAGAGAAACUAAAGCCUGCCUAGGAAAAGGGAGUUUACAUCCUAAAACCUAGUUUCUGUAGAAUAUAUAUAUAGAGAGAGCAAACUGUGUUACAUGUAGUUUGAAAUAAGGCAUCCUGAGUUAAUUUGGCAGCAAGUUCUCUUACUCUCAUCAGUGAUAUUAAAAAAAGUCAAAGUAAAUGUUUGAUUACUUUCAUGUUCAGCUGCUUGUGUUAAUUCUCUGAAUACUGUCAGCACUCUUGUCUAAGUUUGCCGUAUGAUGCAGUGGGAGCAGUUUGAAAUAUUUUUCAAAGAAUACUUCAUAUGUAUUGUUUUUGUGUGUUGAACUAAAUACAGGCAGUUUUGUACCAGCUGUGAUGGUUGUGCAUACCAUAUGGACCAUUUUAAAGAAACUUUUAAGAUUUCAAAUAGAUUCAACAAUUAUAUUACUUGCUUUAGCAUUUUAAAGGCACUUUAAAAGAAUCUACUUCUUGUAGGUUUUGCAGCUAGGUGGCUAUUUACAAAACCUCUCCCCUUUGACUGCGGUUUGGUAAUCUUUAAGGCAGAAAGCUACAUGUACGCCAUGGGGAAGUUUCUUUGAUUGGAAGAAUGGUACUUUGUAAAACAUUUUUUUUCAAGUAAAAAUUUUUGAAACUCGGUCUCUAAAAUAUUGUGGACUUUAUGAUUUAGAAUUGAAUAUAGAAAUGUCUUUGAUUCAUAUAUGUGUUACAUGCACCACACAAUGGAUUCUUGAAUUCUUUUUACCGUUGCAUAGGCAAUUUUCUCCCCUAGUGUGUGCAGUUUUAACUGGCAUUAUAUUUUGGGAGAGAAGGAAAGGUUGUCCAGAUGCUUAAAAAAACAGAUUUUUUAAAUAAUAAAUUUUAUGUUUUAAUCUUCCCAACAUUUUCAUUCUCUAAGGCUACUUUCCUACUAGUAAAUAAUUGAAAUAACAUUACUUUUAGCAAAACUCCUUGAAAGAAAGAGAAAUUUAUUCUAUCAUUGAAAAUUACACUGCAAGUGUUAAUCAUUAGCUUGAUGCCUGCUAAAAUGUAGCUUUCAGAAAGCAUUUUGCGUUAGUACUAAAAUAAGCCAUCAAUGCCAGUCCACCCUCUAUUCAUGGCUAAAUAUUUAAAGGUUUAUUUAUAGUUUCUUUAAUGAAUUCUUGCUUAAACAAAGUGAAAUUAUGUCCCAGAAAAGUACAAGCUAUUUGUAACUAGAACAGCCCAACUGUAAAAGUUUUAUGAAUAUGUAUUUUAAUAAUAAGGGGGUGAGCCUGAAUCCCCACAAGUUAGAGGAUAAAUCAGAAAAGAGGAGUGAUUUUGAAAGAUGACCUAAAAGUGAAGAUUUGUUCUUUAGUAAAUUUUCAUCAACUGUGCAUAUAUUUUCAGUUAAAAAUGUUUUUUCUGUCAGCCCAUCCCUCACAAAAAAACAAACCAAAUCAAACCUAGAGUACAAUUAUAUACACGCAAAGGAGCCACCGACUGCAACUGCUAUUCAAGUGGGUGUUUCUAUGCUAGAUUUCCCCCAGAGACAAACUUGAUUGUGAGACUGUUGUGACAUUCUUUACAGACAUGUAAUUUCAAGAGUACUGUCAUUAAAUAAUUUUUCAUGUUCAUGAACUUCA